GUAACAAUGCUUCGCUCAUUGUAUCUUGUAUAUUGGUGUAUAGCCUCGCUUCUUCCCUUGGUAGUCUUCUGCGAUGCGUAUCAGCACGACCGCCUAGCAGUUGCACUAGAAAAGCGUCAAGAGAAUGCGUCCGCGCCGCUGUCUUUUGGCAGCUCGUGGCAGGUCUUGGCUACUUGGGGAGCCGAUCCACUCGAGUAUGUAGGCGGCUUCCGCUCACUUCAUUACGAUCCCAGUGCUCUGUUCAGGAGCUCUUUGCCUGCCAAUGGAUCCGCAAAGUGGAACAUCUCAGAGGCAUCACAAACUUCCCAGUCCUCGGAAGCUGCCAAUGCCACCCUCAGCAUCUCCCAUUCCAAUGUCAAUUGGGAUUUCCUGAAAAUCGUCUAUGGAUGGGCGGCUGUGCAAUACCAGUCUUGGGCUCGUGGAACCCUGACUGUCACCGGAGACCAGGUCCAGCAUGUAAUCCUCUACACCGAUGCUGUGCUCGAAUUUUGGGUCGACGACACUCACUACUUUGGAGGUGACUUCUUUACCUUUCGAAAUGCACCACCGGUUCUACAUCUAGCACCAGGAGACCAUCAGAUUGAUCUUCGUCUUGUUCGAGACGUAAGAGCUUUUGGUGGCAUUCUGGCACCUACAAUUGACGUGAUCAUCCAUGCUGAACGCGUGAAGGGAUCUCUGGAACUGGUCAAGCCUGGGAUCCUCGUGUCCGACGUCGUGGGCGGUAGAUUGGCUUCUCCUGUAGGCUCGAUAGUCCUCCGAAAUAGCGGCGAACAAGCUGUCGAGGUCAUCGGCAUUCAACCUUCACACACUCAAUCACCGUCUAAUGAUUCACUCGGUAUAGUAAUAGCAGCUGGACAAACUAGGCCAGUGGCGUUCAACGUCUCCUUGCCCUCUGCUAAUGUUUCCUCACUGUCUUACUUUAUCACCUACAAGACUGAAGGUGAAGAUGGUUCUUCUACUUUGGAAACCACCCAGAAUUUGACAACGACUUCCAUUUACGAGCCGCAUAAGAUUACUUAUCUACAUCCGGCCGGCAUGGCUUCUUAUACCAUGCUCAGACCACCUGCGGGAAAUAUUUCGUGUGCCUCCGAAAACGAUUCUGGCCUGCCUGUUCUCCUCGGUCUACAUGGGGCAGGGCUAGAAGCCGACAAUGAUCAGGUCUCUCAUGCCCUAGAUUCGGUUCCAGACUUAUGCGCCUGGGUCAUGUUCCCAACCGGUGUUACACCUUGGAGUGGGGAUGAUUGGCAUAAUUGGGGUUUCGCCGACGUUGAAGCUGCAGUGAACAGCAUAUCUACAUGGAUUGAUUUUGUUGGGUGGCACGGUCCUGGCGUGAAUACAGAACGAUGGAUUGUUUCAGGACAUUCAAAUGGUGGGCAGGGCACUUGGUACGCCCUCACUCAUAGGCCAGAUAAGGUUCUUGCCGCCGCACCUGUUUCUGGAUAUGCAUCCAUACAGAAGUAUGUCCCAUACGAAUUAUGGCAGCCGGCAGACCCGCGACGUACUGCUGUAGUCAGCGCUUCUCUCAACAGCUACCGUCACGAGAUGCUCAUGCCCAACGCUCGCGGCAUCCCGAUUCAGCAGCAGCAUGGUGAAAUAGACGACAAUGUCCCAGCAUACAAUUCACGACUACUUUCGCAACAGCUCUACUUAUCGGGUACGAACUCAAGCUACAACGAAGUACCUGGUCAAAACCAUUGGUGGGAGACCGUAAUGACGACUCCACAGCUAGUGGACUUUUAUUACACCCAAACAAAAAGUAACGCCUCUCUUCCAAGGAAACUAGACGAAUUUGAAAUGGUGGUAGGAGACCCAGGAGACAUGGGGUCCAAAGGAGGCCUUCGAGUCCUCUCCUUAGAAGAUCCAGGACAAUAUGGACGGGUGCACGUCAAAGGCCACACCAUAACUACUUCGAACGUUUUAAGCCUGGAAUUUGAUCCUAUAGUUCUCGGAACACAAUCACUUACAGUCGACGGCUCGAAUGUAGCUCUUGGUAAGGAUACAGCAGAGAGCAGUGGUGGUAGCUCCAUCACCAUUCACAAACAGAACAACGAAUGGCACUCUCUCUCACAGCAGUCCACCAACGAGGAUAUAGUGCGUUCUGGUAGGCAAUUGGGUGCCAUGACAGCCAUACUACGUAGUCAAGGGCCAUUCACCAUUCAACACCAGGACAGUAAUGGCACCACGUCGAUUGCGCUGCAGGUAUCUCGCAAUUUGUAUCAAUACUUCCAUGCCGACGCCUUCAUCCAGUCAGCUGCAGCAUCUAGGAAGACGAACAGCACCACUGGCAACUUGAUAACGAUUGUUCUCAACUCGACUCUGUCGGAAGGUGUCCAUCCCGAUUUUCCAAUUACCCCGAGUCCGGGCGUUAUCAGCAUACGCGACGGAAGAGGAGGCAAGCAUGCCUAUGGGAAUAGCGGCGCCCCAUCGAUUGGUGCAGCGUUCUUGCGGCCGUUGGAAGACGAAAGGCUGGAACUCGUGAUCUGGGGUAGCAAUGAAGAUGGUCUGCGGCAAGCAGCGAGGAUGGUACCCAUGGUGACAGGAGUAGGGCAACCUGACUUCGUAGUCCUCGGAGCAGAGGCAAGGUGGAAGGGCGUCGAUGGUGCAUUGGCAUUGGGAUUCUUGGACAGGCAAUGGGAAGUGACUGCGUCGUCGUUCCUCUCGUAG